GGGCCGUCCGUGAGCCUUUGCAUUUGGUUAUAUCAUGUACGCGAGACCGCUCUGUGUGUGCGUAAAAUCGGGCAAUUUUCGUCAGCGCCAUCUGCUAGUGGGGCGGAAAAGCUCUUGCAUAUGAGGAAAAGUACAUUUCCUAUCUACACUCAACGGUCGCGAUCGAGUUCGUCACCUGGCUCCCAUUUUGUCUGAGUCCCAGGGUACCGCAGAGGUGAGUUGAGAAGGCAGUGGAUGAGUUGACGAAAAAUCAUUCCUGCAUGAGUUCUGAAGUUUUCUGAUAAAAAUAAAAGACUUGAGAAACCAGACGCCCGGGGAAGAAACGCCGAUCCGUGAUCGACAGGAAGGCGCGGAGAGAAAAGGAGAAGAGAGACGUGUUGCGCGUACGGGGUACGGCUUAUCAGUGUAGCGGCCGAGGAAAACAAUCGCCAGAUAUAAAAACGGCUUUCUUGAAGUCCGAUGUCUAGUGCUGAGGUGGUGGAGAGUUCCGUUGACCCCCCAGCCAAAAAGCGACGCGUUGCUGCGACUACGGUAGGAGCCGAGAACCCAACGGCAGCGAUCGUAGACAUCGAAAUGAAUUCCUCCGCUCACUCCUCCAAAGAAUAUGAUCUCGAUGAAGAACUUUAUUCGAGGCAGUUAUACGUUUUGGGGCGCAAGGCCAUGAUCGAAAUGAUCAAUUCGGACGUUCUCGUUUCGGGUCUUGGUGGCCUAGGUGUCGAAAUAGCAAAAAAUCUCAUUCUUAGCGGUGUCAAGUCCGUCUUCCUACACGACGAAGCCGUCUGUCAAUUAUCGGACUUGAGUUCCCAGUUUUACCUCACCGAAUCUGAUGUGGGCAAAAACCGCGCUGAAGCAUGUUUCCGUCGUUUACGUCAGUUGAACUACCGCGUACGAAGUCAAAUUCACACUACAGAAUUGACUCCGAAUUUUCUGAAAAAGUUCAAGGUCGUUGUUUUAACCGAAACGCCGCGGGAGGAUCAACUCUGGAUAUCUGACAUCACUCGUGCUUACCAGAUCAAAUUGAUUAUUGCCGAUACUCGCGGCUUAUUCUCCCAAGUGUUCUGUGAUUUUGGCCCAUCCUUUACUGUUGUAGAUACUAAUGGAGAACCCCCGAUUACCGCAAUGGUAGCCAGCAUUUCUAGAGAUUUGGAAGGAGUCGUUACAUGUCUUGAUGACAGCCGUCAUGGUAUGGAAGAUGGAGAUUAUGUAACUUUCUCAGAAAUCGAGGGUACCACGGAGCUCAACAAAUGCAAGCCCAUAAAAAUUAAAGUACUUGGUCCAUAUACGUUCAGCAUUGGAGAUACUACACAAUAUUCAGAGUAUGAGCGUGGCGGUAUAGUUACUCAGGUGAAAAUGCCAAAAACUAUUGCAUUCAAAAACUUUGAGGAAGCCCUGGCGAAACCGGAGUUUGUCAUUGCAGACUUUGGUAAAUCUGAUUACCCAGAGCAGCUACAUCUAGCCUUUUCUGCACUUCACAAAUAUGUUGAAGUCAAAGAGCGCCUGCCCCGACCAUGGAAUCAAGAAGAUGCACAGGAGUUUAUAGCUAUUGCAAAGUCUGUAAAAGAGGAUUGCGGUAAUGACAUUGAGAUCAACACAGAGCUGUUUGAAACUUUUGCUAAAAUAUCGGCGGGUAAUUUCCAUCCCAUGAAUGCAACCAUUGGUGGUAUAGUUGCUCAGGAAGUCAUGAAAGCUUGCUCUGGGAAGUUUUCACCAAUUUUCCAGUGGUUGUACUUCGAUGCUAUUGAAUGUCUACCUGCUGAUCGAUCAGAAAUGUCAGAAGAGGAUGCUUGCCCAACUGGAUCUCGUUACGACUCCCAAGUUGCUGUCUUUGGAAAGAAGUUUCAGUCAAAAAUUGAAAGCCUCAAAUACUUUGUUGUAGGUGCUGGCGCCAUCGGUUGUGAAUUAUUGAAGAAUUUUGCCAUGAUGGGUGUUGGGGCUGAGAAUGGCUGCGUGACUGUCACAGACAUGGAUCUUAUUGAGAAAUCGAACUUGCAUCGACAACUCUUAUUUAGCUUUGAUGAUAUCCAGAAACCGAAAGCCUCAACAGCUGCCAAGGCGAUCCUAGAAAUGAAUCCCAAUAUGAAGAUUAUUGCUCACGAAAAUAGAGUAGGACCAGAGACUGAGAAAACCUACAAUGAUGAGUUCUUUGAAGUUCUUGACGGUGUUGCUAAUGCCUUGGACAACGUUGACGCAAGAAUUUACAUGGAUCGCCGAUGCGUGUAUUACCGAAAACCUUUGCUCGAAUCUGGGACACUAGGCACAAAGGGAAACACUCAAGUGGUUGUUCCGUUCCUAACAGAGUCUUACAGUUCCUCCCAAGAUCCCCCAGAAAAAAGCAUCCCGAUUUGUACUCUGAAAAAUUUUCCCAAUGCAAUCGAACAUACUUUACAAUGGGCCAGAGACAAUUUCGAAGGAUUGUUUAAACAGGCUGCUGAAAAUGCAGCCCAGUACAUCUCUGAUCCCCAAUUCGUCGAAAAAACUUUAAAAUUACCAGGCAUUCAACCGCUAGAAAUCCUGGAAUCUGUGAAAACUGCAUUGAUAGAUGAAAGGCCAAAAUCAUUUGAAGAUUGCAUUACAUGGGCCCGCUGUCACUGGCAAGAUCAAUUCAACAACCAAAUCAGGCAACUAUUGUUCAACUUCCCUCCUGAUCAGGUGACAAGCAGCGGACAGCCGUUUUGGUCAGGCCCAAAACGUUGCCCAGUCCCAUUGACUUUUGAUGUGCAUCCUCGUGUGAAUUUGGACUAUAUAAUUGCAGCAGCAAAUUUGAAAGCUGCUGUUUAUGGAAUUCCCCCUAUCAAAGAUGACAACCUUAUUGCUUUACUUUCUAGCAGGGUACGUGUACCAGAAUUCACACCAAAGUCAGGUGUGAAAAUAGCAGAGACCGAUUCCCAAGUACAAGUUUCUGACGGAAGUGGAAACUUGGAUCAUGAUAGACUAAAUCAACUUCUAGAAGAGUUAGCAAAUGCAGAGGGUCUUGAUGGACUCACUAUCCAUCCUCAGGAGUUUGAGAAGGAUGACGAAACAAACUUUCACAUCGAUUUUAUUGUGGCUGCUUCAAACCUUCGUGCAGCAAACUACAAGAUUCCACAAGCAGAUAGGCUUAAAAGCAAAAUGAUUGCUGGCAAAAUUAUUCCAGCUAUUGCGACAACGACGGCUGUUGUUGCUGGACUUGUCUGCUUUGAGCUCAUUAAGUUGGCCAGAAACGUGACUGAUUUAAGUGUCUACAAAAACGGCUUUGUCAAUCUUGCUCUACCAUUCUUUGGUUUCUCUGAGCCAAUCGCUGCACCAAAGUUGAAGUAUUACGACACAGAGUGGACUCUGUGGGACCGUUUUGAAGUCAAAGGAGAAUUGACUCUGAAAGAAUUCCUGGAUUACUUCAAGGAUCGACAUAAUCUUGAGGUAACGAUGUUGUCUCAGGGAGUCUGCAUGCUUUAUUCGUUCUUCAUGGCCAAAGCAAAAUGCCAAGAAAGGAUGGGUCUACCAAUGUCAGAGGUAGUGAAGAAAGUCUCUAAAAAGAAACUCGAGCCCCAUGUACGUGCUUUGGUUUUUGAACUCUGCUGCAACGACAAUGAUGGCAAUGACGUCGAAGUCCCUUAUGUACGCUAUACAUUGCCCUGACUCAUCGACUAUACUCCAAUAUUAUAGGAAACAUCUACUUAACUGAUUAGUUGUGUAGUAAUUUCUACAAAUUUCUAUUUUACAAUACGAUACAGCAAAGUACUAAUAACCAUUUGCGAAUAUGAAUAUUUCUCCCAGGUUGCAACACAGAUUUCAUUUUUGCUCCAGCUUAGUAGUGCAAACUUAGCCAUCCAUGCAAUAUACAAAUUUUAUUUCAUCACUUAUCACUAUAAUUUCUAGAAUCACAAAGUUGAACAUCAGUAAUAAUCUUUGUCAUAUUAUGUUUACGAUUACUAAUUUUUGAGCCAGUGAUCACGAUUGAUACUAGAAGUACUUCGUAUAAGAUAAAAAAAGAAGUGUAAUUUUGUCGAGUAUUUCGAUAUAGCAGAUAAGAAAACUUGGGAGAUAUUUACGAAUAAAUUCACGAAAUUCGAAUUAGUGAUUUGUAAACAAAUCCGUAAUGAAAACAAAAUGUUAGUGAAUUAUACGAAAGGUAGAUGUCGAUUAACAUGGAUUAGCUGGAUGCAAAAUGUAUCUUGCCAUCAUUGUUUAUUACAUUCAUGGUCAAGAACGUAAGAUUGUAAUCUUUUUUCUUAUUCUAGACUCCAAUUACUAUCUUGCUGUCAAACUAUCACCGUCAUAUCUCUUAGUUAAAAUAUAAUAAACCUCGAAAUACUAAUAAUUUACUUUAUCCGCUUUGUAGAGUCUGUUUCGACAAAUGAAUAUUAAUUGGCGACUGUUUGUUGUUACAAGAUGCUGCAUUUAAAUUUUUAAGAAUAUCCCUCUGCCAAACUUUGAAAGUGGGAAAGAGAUUUAAAAAUCGAUGAUAAAUCUACGUUUUUUUAGACCAAAUAAUGAUAAAAAAAAAUCGAAAAUAUUUUGCUUAUUCUAGGAUAAUGCGGAUAUUUAUUGUAUUAUUUUAUCUAUGAUAAAUAAACAGAUGUAUUUGGA